GCGAGCACCAACCACCCUUAAGUAACACGCGCGGGGCGGGGCGGCGCUGGGCGAGGGAGCAACGGGGUCGCCAAUAAGCUGUCGUCGCGCGCGGGCGUGGUGGUGGAUCUCAUCUACUUGCUGCUACGACUUCCCCAUCCCUCCCUCGUAUCCUCCUCGCCCAGACGCCCACACCUCCCUCCCUCCCCCUCCGUCGCAUCGUCUUUGUCUCCCUCGAGCAAUCCGCCGAACACAGCGCGCGCGCCUCGGUCUCCGCGACGGCGGCCAAUGCCGGCGGCGCGAUGAGCGUGGAGGAGGAAGUGGAGGAGCAGCAGGGGGAGGGGGAGCUGUUCUACGAGUGUCUCGACCGCAUCCUCUCCUCCUCGGGCUCCUCCACCUCGGCCUCGGACGAUGACGGCGCCGACCGCCCGCGCCGCCGCCGCCCCGGCUGCGAUGCGCCGGCGGCCGACGCUGCGCUGGACCUGUGGACCUCACAGCCGGCGCCUGUCCAGGAGCGGCGGCGGCGGCUGCUCCAGCUGAUGGGGCUUGCGGGGGACCCUUCCCUCGCCCGAUUCGAGACGGGCCGAUCAGCCUCCUACGACGCCGCGGGCCCGCCCCCGGCAUCCCCCGUCGUGCGGUCCAGAUCGGGCGGGGCAGCCGCGAGACCACCGCGAGGGGUCGGCCGUCUGCGGUCGACGUCGUCCGAUGCGUUGGAGGCCGCGCUGGAGGCGGUAGAGGAGGACCCCAGGUGCUUGAUCAGGAACCUCGACAACGGCAGCGAGUUCGUGGUCAGGGAGGAGUUCUGCCUCCACGAGGUCGGCACGGGGCGGCAGCUCAACGUGGAGGAGUUCGAGCUCUUCAUCGGCCGCUCCCCCAUCGUCCAGGAGCUCAUGCGCCGCCAGAAUUACACCAACCCCAACUCCACCUCCACCUCCAAUUCCCAGAGUGGCGCCUCCACGCCCAUCGAGAGGUCUAGCUCCGGCUCCAGCAAUGGCGGGGCGCGCUCCAAGCGACGCAGCAGCUGGCUCCGCAGCAUCCGCAGCUACGCUGGCUCCAUGGUCACCCACUCCCGUGACCGCCGCAGCAGCGACGAGAAGGACACGUCCUCAGAGAAAGGCGGGCACCACUCCAGCUCUGCAACGGAUGACAGCCAGGAUAGUGUUCCACGCCAUGGCCCGAGCCGUGUCAAGGUGGGGCAGUACGGGAAGUCACAUAAGGAGUUCAGUGGCCUGUUUAUGACACAGGAGAUAGAGGCGCACAAUGGUUCCAUCUGGAGCAUCAAGUUUAGUCCUGAUGGGCGUUACCUUGCAAGCGCUGGGGAGGAUUGCGUGAUCCAUGUUUGGGAGGUGUUGGAGUUCAAGAGGGCGGGGAAGGAGAGUGAGGUGGAGGAGAUUGGGGUAUGCAAUCCGUUUGUUGCCAUGGUGUGCAAUGAGUCAUCUGAGCCGACGCUGUCACCAGCUGCUACAGUUGGGAGCCAUUGGGAGAAGAAGCUGCGGGCAAAGGUGCUGUGCAGCGGGGGAUCAGUGAGUUCAGACAUGUUGAUGGUGCCCGAGUAUGUGUUUGCACUGUCCGACAAGCCUGUGAUAACCUUCGCAGGGCAUACGGAGGACGUGCUUGACCUCUGCUGGUCCAAAUCUCAGUACUUGCUUUCAUCAUCAAUGGAUAAAACAGUACGGUUAUGGCACAUGUCAAGCACUUAUUGUUUGAAAACCUUCUCCCACAGUGACUAUGUGACUUGCAUCCAGUUCAAUCCUGUUGAUGAUAGAUACUUCAUUAGUGGUUCCCUGGAUGAAAAGGUUCGUAUCUGGAGUAUUCCAAAGCGCCAAAUCGUUGAUUGGGUCGAUCUACAUGAAAUGGUUACUGCUGCCUGCUUUACCCCUGAUGGAAAGGGUGCACUGAUUGGCUCCCACAAGGGCAGUUGCCAUCUGUAUGAUACAUCGGAUGAUAUGCUUUGCUACAAAAAACAAAUUGAUCUGCAAAAUAAGAAAAGGAGAUCCAGCCAGAAGAAAAUCACAGGGUUUCAGUUUGUCCCAGGGAGUCCUUCAAAGGUCAUUAUCACAUCUGCUGAUUCACGAAUCCGAGUUCUUGAUGAUUUUGAACUAGUUCACCGGUUUAAAGGGUUCCGAAACACCAGCAGCCAAAUCUCAGCUUGUUUAGCUGGAAAUGGGAGGUAUAUUAUCUCGGCAAGUGAGGAUUCCCAUGUAUAUAUCUGGAGAAAUAACGAUGAUUCCGAACCAAGUAGUAAGAAGGGCAUCGUUUCUGUCACAAAUACCCAUGAAAACUUCCACUGCGAGAGUGUGACAGUUGCUGUCACCUGGCCUUUUACCAGCACCACAAUGACUUCUAGAAUGAACUCCACGAAUCAAGAGCUGGAUCGUGGGUCUGAAAAUGACCAUGUACAGCAAUCCAAACCUGCUAAAGCACAGGAAAUGCCAGAUGUUCAGCACCAGAGCAACAUCACAAGUAACAAUUCAAAUCAUAAUGCUGAUAGGACAUCUGCGACUUGGCCCGAAGAGCUCAUGACACUAGCAAAACAGAACCACGGGUCUAAUGUCUGCCUUCCCAACGAGGGAGAUCAAGCUCCGAGUCGGUCAGCAUGGGGCUUAGUAAUUGUCACAGCAGGCCGUGGAGGUCAAAUCAGAACGUUUCAAAACUUUGGUUUUCCUGUCAGAGUAUAGCAUCAAUCUGAAUGCAUGUGAUUGCCAUUGCCAUGCAGGAUUGUAGUUUGUGUAUAGAUAGGAGAUAGUGGGUGAGUUGCACAGUAUUCAGGGAUUGGAUUUGAUUGCUCCUUGUGCGCCUGCUAGAAGUCGGAAUCUUCAACUAACAUACACUAUCAGUACUCAGGAACUUGGUAUGCCAAAUUCAUUUACCCUAAAUUGUACAUGAAAGGGAAAACCCCUACAAAGAGCAAUGCCAUCAGCUGGUUGGAGACCUUU